AUGCAGCACACAAUAAAUCCAACUUGCACGGGUACUUCUGUAUUCGCCAUCCGAUACGAUUCAGGAGUAGUUCUAGCUACUGAUAGCGUAGUAUCAUAUGGUAAGACUGCUAGAUACAAGGGUAUCUCACGUCAAUUCAAAGUUAACGAAAAGUGUGUCAUCGCGUUCGGAGGUGAUCAUGCAGAUUUUCAGUGGCUUCAAAACGUCAUCGAAAGAAAGAACCUCGAAUGGGCUGGAAUCGGUCAGGAUUUGACUCCAAAAGCUCUUCAUGGAUUUCUAACAAGUUUGAUAUAUGCAAAGCGCUGCAAAAUGAAUCCUGUAUGGAACACUCUCAUUGUUGCCGGUAUCGAAGAAGAGGAGAAGAACAAUACCGAAACCGCAACUCCAUUCAUUGGAGUCAUCACUCAACGAGGUGUUGCUUACCCUGUAAAGUCGGUCGCCACUGGUAUCGGAGCUAUGUUGCUCAACCAAGCUGUUGAAGAUGAAUACAGAAAGAAGGGAGAAAAGUUAACCAAAGCUGAAGCUGAAUCUGUUCUCCGUAAGUCUAUCGAGCUGGCUAUAUAUCACGAUUGUACGGCUGAUAAUGAAUUCGAAAUUAUAUCGGUAGAUGCCAAGGAUGGUGUUUCUUUCGGAAAGAAGGAAGUUGUUAUUGGCGACUGGAGCAUAGCUGAGACGAACUGUCAGUACGAAUGA